GACGACGCCUUCACCGCCAGACAGAGGGCUGAGAGGGAGGCUGAGAAGGCGGCGCUCAUAUCUGGGGGUUCAAGUGUGAAGAAUAAGCUGAAACAAUUUGGGGCUCAAUUGAACGCCCAUUUCGAAGAGAGGGCCAAAUUUAUCAGUCCUAUCAAACUGCCACUCAAGAAGAAAACCAAUGAUCCCACGCCUCCCAGUAAUAUCAGAGCACCACCGCCUCCUCCACUACCUAAUAACGUUAAGGCACCGCCACCUCCACCACUACCUAAUAAUGUUAAGGCGCCGCCACCUCCACCUCAACCCGAGUCCAGGAAAUGGAAACAGGAGGCGACCAAACCUAUAGCGCCCAAGAAAUUAAUCAUAAAUAAAGACAUGAAUAAUAGAGUGAAUGACACGAAUGGCACCACUUCUAGUCCAUCGGUCGAUGAAACGCCGAUAUCUGUGAAGGCAUUCAAACAAAACUUCGAAAUGAAUAAUAAAAUUGAACCAAAAGUACAAAAGCCCGCAAACCCUAAAACUAACGCUAACGCUAUGACUAACAACUCGUGGAAAAUGCAGACACAGAUACAGACUCCCAGUCCGGCGCCCGAAGAGAGGAAAAAGAUUUUAAUCAAACAGCGCUCAAAGGAGGCGCCCGACGAUCAGCCCAAACGGCGAUCGACCAAAGAUUUGAUCGAUGCUAUCGAAAAGGUGAACAACACUCCCAACAGUUCCACAUCCGGACAGUUGCCAUACAAUCAAAGGAGACGACAGACCACACAAUUAGUUAAUAAUUUGGUCGACAAUAACGCCUCUAAUAAUACACAACCGACUCGACGAAGAAAUUUCGCGGUCGUCAAAGAGAGUGCGGCGGCGCCUCCACCGCCCCCUCCGCCCCAACACCCGGUGUCGCGAACUAUAAAACUCAUGAAGAAUUCGUCUGCGAGUCCAUCGCCGGCGGCGUCGUCGCCGAUGAGCUCAACCCGUAAUUCGCCUCAACCGCCGGUUCAUAGUCACAGUCCAUCGCCGGUGCCAUUCGGGGCACAAGAGGGCGACCCCUCAAAGAUGGUGUUCGGAAGGGUUCGUCCGCCGCGGCUAUCGAUCACCGGACGAACUCUAUCGCAGGCGUCGCAGACAUUACAGGACGUGAGUAACAAAGUUGCCAAUAAUGAUAGCACUACCACUUCGGCAUCUAAUUCCCGCUCUGAAUCUCCCGUAUCAGCUGUUGUCCGCAAUAGAAAUACCAAUACAACCACUCAAUCAAAUCAAUCAAAGAGUACACCACAAGAGCCACCAGCAAAAGCCAUACAAUCGACACCAACAGCUAAUGCCAAACCAAUAUCAGAUAGUUUGGCGAAUAAACGGCCAACCAAUGCAUCAUUGAAUUCAAAUCAUAAUAACUUUAAGAAUAAUAAUAUUAAGCAUAAGAAGGCUUGUUCUCCAAGUUCUUCAUCAGAUGAAGAAUCGUCUGAUGAAGAAUUGGUAGAGAAGACAAUUAAACCAACAGUUAAAUCAACGCUUACAAUGCAAUUAAAGCCUAAUAAUAACGCAGUCGUUAAUAAUAGCAUUACCGGCAGCGAUAAUGAGCCGCCAAAGAAUGACUUACCACUAACAGAGCCAUCACAUGAUAAUCGAUACAACAGUAAACGAGUUCCUUUAGGCAAGACUUCCGGUCAGCAGUCGUUUGACAAGAAUAGGUCCGGUCUGAACCGGUCGUCUAGCGCUCAGAUCUUGAAGCUAAUCCGAUCCAACACUAAGGCUGACGUAGGGCUCGACCGACUCGAAGAGGACGACGAGAUCGAUGCCCUCAUCUGUGAGCUCGAGAAAGAGGGCGUCGAUAACAUCGAUUGGGAUGAACUGAAUGUGAACGUGGAUGAGGUGAAGAACAUCAUCGAACAGGAGAAGACCGACGACACCACCGAUGAGUCCAGUGAUGACGACACCAGCGAUGACGACGACGAGGCCGUCCAUAUGAUUAUCAACAGACAGGCGCCCCAAGAGUCGGAACAGUCGGACGACGAGUUUGAAGUGAUAGAUGACGAGGAAGACGACGAAGAGUCCAAAUGAACGCCUGUUUUAUCAGAAUUUAGUCUAUAUUUGCAUUUCUUUGGAUUCAAAAAUUGUUUCAAAAUUUAUUUUUCAUUAUAUUUUCAUGAAUUUUGCAGAUUUUAAUUAUUAUAUCGAU